CUACUCGAGUCUUAACCCUAGAACCCUGCGUUCUCAUUAGGGCCCACUGUGGACAGAGGACAGUGUUUCUAAAUAAACUGGGAAAGCAUUUCGACGCAUUUAUGGAUGAGAAUUAUUUACAUUUAUUUUAAAAUACCAAAAUUUUUAUGUUUAAUAAUCACACAAAGAAGCACACAAACACUCAUUUAACUCAUACUAAUUUAAUAGAUGGCCAUGCAUUUUGUUUAUCAUUGUAUUUUAGUAGAUAUUCAAUGUUCAAAGUGAUUGAACUUGUUGAAAUGAUGGACAGUUACAUUUAUUACACUAAAUGAUCAAUUGUUAAAUCAUUCAGCUUUCGCCCAUUCAAGUAGUCUGAAUUCUAACUUGACCAAACCAACAUAAACUCUGACAGAAAGUAUUGAUAGACAAAUGUAGUACAAAUACAUACAAAUUUGCAAAGGUCCUAUAUCAAUUCACAAUCCUUUUUUGAGCAUGACGGGUGGUGUCAAAGGUUACUGCAGUUCAUCUGGUGUCAGAUGAAAAGAGUUAGGGGGGGGGUGGGAUUUCCACUGUGCACUUCUCCCACCUAAUGACACUGGGAAAUAUUGUAUAUUUGACUCUAUGUUUAUUUGACUCUGACGCAACGGGUCUGAGGUAGCCCCCGCUUGUGAUUGUUGUGUGUCGAUGGUGACUCAUUUCCCUGCUGCAGACAGCUGAAUUUCCAAUAUCUGUCAUCUGGGGACCCUUCGUGAAAGACAGCAGAUGAUCUGCUCUGACCGAUCAUCAUCUUUACACUUCACGCAGGAUUAAAAACAGGCCAUAUAACUACAACACAGAUUCACUAUAAUCAUGUAUGGUUUGUUUGUAACAUGCAUAACUACUACUACUUUUUAUAACUGUAAUAAUCAUCAAAAGCAACCAUGAUUAGAGUUUAGCUUUGAAAACUAAAAACCUAGAAACCAAGGAGAAUUGCCAAUAUGUUGAAAAUGAGGAAAAGCAAAUGGCAGAAGUCCAGUCAUUGUGAAAGUUCCCACUUCUCCUCAUGGAGGUUUUGGGGUUUUAAGUCACAUUGAAAAUGUCGUGGUCCGGCCUUCAGACAUCGUCCUGACCUAUAAAAGAAGGCUGCACUUGGAUGUUUUAUCACUUGUUGGAGUUGUUGAGGGACAACAAUGCUACGCAAGGGCAUUACGGGGAGCUUUGGAGCUGCUAUCCACGGCCUCAACACCCCCCAGCUGACAGAUGGUGUGAUUAACAGGAGCAAAAGGAUGAUGCUGGACACCCUGGGCGUCGGGCUGAUAGGAACCAGGACAGAUGUCUUCAACAAGGCGCUCACAUACAGCAAGGUGUUCCGGUCUGACGAGAGGAGCAGCGUUUGGGGUCAAACGGACCUCAGCCUCCCCCCCCACUACGCCGCAUUCGUCAACGGCAUCGCGGUCCACUCCAUGGACUUUGAUGACACUUGGCACCCGGCGACUCAUCCCUCUGGGGCCGUGCUGCCCGCCCUGCUGGCCCUGGCAGAGACGCUGCCCAGGCAGCCCUCGGGUCUGGACCUGCUGCUGGCCUUCAACGUCGGUAUCGAGGUGCAGGGCAGACUCAUGAGGUUCUCCAGAGAGGCCUACAACAUCCCCGAGAGGUUCCACCCUCCCAGCGUGGUUGGGGUGAUGGGUAGCGCUGCAGCCUCAGCUAAGCUCCUGGGUCUGUCCCCGGCCCAGUGCGCCCACGCUCUGGCCAUCGCGGCCUCCUCUGCCGGGGCUCCGCUGGCCAACGCCGCCACGCAAACCAAGCCCCUGCACAUCGGGAACGCGGCCCGGCGAGGCCUGGAGGCCGCCCAGCUGGCCCGCAUGGGGCUGGAGGGGAACCCAGACAUCCUGGAUAUGACCUGCGGGUUUGGCGUUUACUACAAGGACUACGGUCCUUCGCCAAUGGCAGCGCCUUCCUCCGCGGACUUCCGGUGGGUCCUGGAAGACCAGGAUGUGGCGUUCAAGCGCAUCCCCGCUCACCUGGGGAUGCACUGGGUGGUGGACGCGGCCCUGGCGGCUCGCGCAAACCUCACCGCCGCAGUCGGCCACUGCGACCUCAGCCACAUCAGAAAGGUCACACUCAGGGUGCCGCCAUCCAAGUACGUCAACUGCGCCUUCCCCGCCACGGAGCACCAAGCCAGGCACUCGUUUCAGUUCAACGCCUCGUCGGCCCUGCUGGACGACAAGGUGACGGUGUCCUCCUUCAGCAGAGCUCACAUGGACCGGCCUGCUCUGAAGGAGCUGCUGUCCAAGGUGGAGGUGGAGACUCCUGGGGACAACGCACCCAGCUUCGACAAGAUGUACUGCGAGGUGGAGAUCGAGACGGAGCAGGGGCAGAGUCACGCGGCCAGGUGCGAUACCUUCUAUGGCCACUGGAGGAAGCCACUGAGUCAGGAGGACCUGGCGGAGAAGUUCAGCGUUAACGCGUCCUCGGUGUUGUGCGCGGAGGGGGUGGAGGGCGUGAUCGACAUCGUCGGGAACAUUGAGAGGGUGAGGGAAUGCUCGAUCUUAACUUCAUACCUGAGAAUGACGGGCAGUGAAGAGGAGCAGCUGUACAGCACGAGGAGGAUGUGAUUGUUCACAUUA